CGCAUCGAUACUCUGAUGUAGAAGUAGACCUACGCUGAUCCUGUUUUUGUUUCACACGAUGCCGACUAGACUGCUCCUACUUCUCUUUCUGUCCGGACACGUAUUUUCCAAAGAACCACCUGAUGUGGACUGUUGGGUGAUUCAUCUGAAACAUAUCAACUGUUCCUGGAAUAAACAAGGGACUCCAGACGCCAAUUACACCUUCAACAGUUGGUUCGUAAUGUUCCAGAGUGACAAAAAGAACUGCACCACCUAUGUGUCCGAGAACAACAUGAACACUGGAUGUAUCCAACCCUACGACGAUCUGUUAAACAGUAGGUUCCUUGAGUUCAACACCAGACUGUCACAUGGCAACGAGACUUUCGUGAAGACGCAUCACCUGAAACAAAAAGUGCUGUUAUAUGCACCAAUCAACCUGACUGUCAAGAAUGGCUCGGACUAUAACCUGUGGUUUUACUGGAACCAGACUGCUUCACAUUGUGUGGCGAGUGAGGUUCGCUUCAGGGUCAACGACAAGAGUUGGGAGACUUUUCUGGUCAGUACUGGGACUCAGAACUACUGCAUCAACUUGCCUUCCAGCAGUUCCAGGUAUGAGCUGCAAGUGAAGAGCAGAGUGGGGAAAGACUACGGAGAGUCUUUGAACUGGAGCAGCUGGAGUGAGCCUGCAGUCUGGGGAUCCAACAACAGCACAGACACCAAUGUGUCUGUGUCUGCGUGGACUCCACUGCUUUAUGUGGUCGCUGCUGUUAUUCUCAUCCUGUUCGUCAUGAUGUUCCUGCCCAAUGAAAGGCUCCGAAUCAUCCAACUCCCUGUAGUUCCAAAGCCAUCCCUGCUCCUUAACGACAUUGAGGAUUGGCUUCAAUUUUCCAAAGGCAUGAAGAGGAAUUUGAACUACAACGAGCAGGCCUGUCCUGUCCGGGAGUACUGCCACGUCUCUGAGUCCGACAGCUCCAGCUCUGAUGGCUCCACCUGCUCUGUCACCACCGACCAAACCAAUUGCUCCGUCUCCAUCGCUGUGAACAAUGCAGACGACCUUUCCACCUCCGCAGGUCCUCUCUCCUCUCAGGAGGAGGAGCAGCAGGUCUCUGUGUAGGAGGCCUCUCAGUCGGGGUCGGCGUUUGUCGCAACUUUUUGAUCAGGAAAUUCUUAUACUGACAGACACAUCUAAGAAUACAUGAUGUAUCAUCUUCAAAUUUUCCUUGUCAGAUGAUAUCAUAGUAUAUUGAGACACUUAAAUGCAAACAAUUAUAUCAAAAUUAUUAGUGUGUACGGAUGCCGACCACAAGAUGCAAAUACCCAGCUUCACUAUUUUUGAAUGUAACUUUGCCAGGAGACACAUGGUCUUAAAAAUAAGCUGCAAUAAAAAGUACCCGUUGAAAAUCUAUAUAAGCAAAACAGGACUUCAUUAUUCACAUCACUUAUCGUUUAAUAACACGGUAAAACCAAUGAACUCUUACUUUUUGCUUCAUGCAGGUAUUUUUAACAAUGUUACAAAUAGCUCUGUGUUGUCAACUGUGGUGUUGGAUCAUUGUAAUGAUAAUAAAAAUGAUAAUAAAAAUAA